AUGGAAAAGUACGUAUCAUUAAAUGUCUAGCCAUAAUGGGACAACUACAUAUAUGAAUCUGAUAUUUCAGAUCGAACAUAUGGGAAAGUUUUUAAAGUAAAAAACACCCAAGAUAACUAAUUCUAUGCAAUGAAAAUAUAUGAUCUAAAAACGCUCAUAACUAGAAAACCAAACAACAUCAGUACAGAGAUGAUCAGAAUAUUCAGAGAGAUCAAUACCUUCAAACUCUGCCAUACUAACAUAACUAAAUUCUAUGAAUCAUACUUCACCAAUGACGAUAAAUUCGUUAUUAUCACAGAACUUGCUGAGACAGACCUCCUUAAGUAUAGAGAAGCUAAUUCAAGUAUCAGCAACGAAAAGAUCAAAGAAAUUAUGAUUCAGAUAAUGCGAGGGGUUAACUAUCUACAAAGUCAAAAGAUCAUGCAUAGAGAUUUAAGUCCUGAAAACAUCCUCAUGUUUGAUAAUGCUGAAAAAAUCAAACUUUUUGACUUCGGAUUAACGAAACCUAACUCGGAAUCGAAUGAAGAUGCCGACAAUAAGUACUUCGAAGCCCCAGAAAUCACAACUGAGUAGGAAUAAGGUUACAAUAACUAAGUUGACAUCUGGUAAGCUGGAAUCAUACUUUACUAUCUCUGUACAGGAAGUUAUCAAUAUAGAGAAAAGACACUAAGCAUUAUAAAGAAAAAAGACCCUUCCAUUGUGAUUGAACUACCUGAAGAUAGAAAGGUAUUUGAACCAUUAUUGAAUAAGAUUCUCUAGUUCCAUCCAUCUUAAAGGCCUCAAGCUCUUGAGAUCAUUUCUGACUUAAAGCAACUGUCCGUGAACUAUUAUGAUAAUCCUUUCCAGAAAAUCAAUACUUAUGAGGAAGAAAAAUUCCAAGAUGUUGAUCUUUCAGUAAUUCGUUAAGAUACAUUUGCUGUGAAUCUCAAAUCACCUAUUGAAAAGGUGAAUUAAAUUCUAGCCUAACUUGGAGAAUUCUAAUAUCCUGCUAUUCAUUAUGUUCAUCCUAACCCUAAUAGAAUCUUUUAAAAUUGUAUCUAAAUUGGAAAAGAAGAUCAAUAUUAAGGAGAAAUUGAUAGUAUUACAAAAAAGCCAGAUGGAAGAGGGAGAAAAAUCUAUUAUUCAGGAGCCAUUGCUGAGGGAAUUUGGAGAGAUAACUAUUUGAAUGGAUAUUGCAGAUAGAUUUUAGCCUCAGGAAGCUAUUACUUAGGUGAGAUGAAAAAUACACAAAGAUGUGGCUAUGGAAAGUAUUACUUUCAUGAUGGAAAUUAUUAUGAAGGAUAUUGGGAGAAUCAUAAAUCACAUGGUUUGGGAAUGCAAAGAUUCAAAAAUGGCAAUUACUACUUUGGAAAUUUCAUUAAUGACUUUAAAUAGGGUGUAGGAGUAUAUACCUACUAGAAUGGAGAUAUUCACCUUGGAUAAUUUGAAAAUAAUUAACUUCAUGGAGUUUUGAUGUAAAUUCUGGUAAAUGAAUCAGAGUAAAUUUAAGUUAGAAGAUAUGAAAAGAAUUCGUUUAAAUAAACUCUUUACAAAACUGAUAGAAAAAAUGAAUGA